GUCUGUAUAUAAGCAGAAUAACUACUCGACUCAACCAUUUCUUCCUCUCCGCUCAGUCUGCUCUGCUGCGGUCGGCCAUUGUUCGCGCUUCGGAUACCAGUUAGGGUUCCUGUCUCUCAACGCACCGGCAGCGGCGUUCUUGUCUGCCAAAGCCCUGGCCAGGCCCGAACCACCUCGAACACUUUCCCGACUCCAGUUUCUUCCUUCUUCACGCUCUGAUCCCGCCCUUCGCGGCCGGCAAUGAGCAUUGCGAUUAUGAAUAAUUAUUAAUGCAUCUCGUCACCGUCCGCUCAACAGCUUCCGACUUUGAGCGGGAGUCGCUGCUCGCGUCGCUGGCUCGCCUCAUCCCUGCAUCUUCUCUUCCAGGGUCUCCAUCAAACCCAGAAGACUGCCCUCUCUUCGUCCUCGUCGGCCUCCGCACAGCCGACGACGACAACGACAAUGACUCCCCAACUCUGCCUCAGCCGUUCUCCUUCCGAGGUCUAUCUCCGCGCGCCCUCGCCCGUCUGCGCCGCCCACCCUGCCUCUCCAUCCCUUCCAUCCCUUCCCUCCGCGCCGCUCUCGCCGCCGAUCCCAUCUUCUCUGCCCGUGACAUUGUCUUUGUCAACCUCAUCGGCGCUCACCUCGCCUCAAAAGACGCGCAUCUCGCCUCCGCCAAGGCCCUCUUUGACUCCCUAUGCCUGCUUAUAAAUUUCAUCCUCCUGCCUGCCAAGCGCAGCAACCCCCAGCCUCCUCCCGACGAGACCCCAGACCUCGCCUCUUUUGAAGCGACAGGUCGCAAAGUAUAUCUUAUCGAGCGAGAAGAGCUGCUCGCGCCUGACUUUACACUUUCUGUCGCCGACGACAGCGACAGAUCUAUCUUGCUUCUCGAUCUAAUCCGGCGGUUCGUAAGAGUACCGUAGCGGUUUCUGUAAAUUAUUGCUGUUCUGGGUUUGCUAAUGGCGUUGGGACGUUUACAUUUUACCUACUAUUUCUGCUAUUUCCUGAGAUAUUUCAGAUCUGGUUACAUAUAAUCACACAGCUAAUCACAAAGUUAACGUA